ACACACACACACAGACACAGCAUUUUAUCCUUCUCCGGGAAACAAUCACUCAUUCCUGCCCAGCCUUCUUUUUCUUUUUCUCUCACUCUCUCUCUCUCUCUCUCUCUCUCUCUCUCUCUCUCUCUCUCUCUCUCUCACACACACACAGGUGGUGUAUUGUGGGAGCUGUGGGGAGAUGUUAGUGUGAGGGUAAAGGCGAGCUGUAGAAUGAUGACGGUGUGUUUGUGGACGCUGCUGAGCCUCCUGCUCUCAGGAGUGGUGUGUAAUCUGGAGGGAGAUUUGCACAUGGACCUGAUGGCAGGAUACAGCAAAAACAUCAGACCAAUGGAGAACAAUGGUGACAUCACAGAGGUUAAACUAAAGAUGACCCUCACCAACCUCAUCUCUCUGAAUGAGAAGGAGGAGACGCUGACCACAUGCGUGUGGGUAGAGAUGCAGUGGUAUGACUACAGGCUCAGGUGGGCUAACAGGCCUGGGUUUGAGGGUUAUGAGAACAUCACACGCACUCGUAUUCCCUCCACAUCCAUCUGGCUUCCUGAUAUCAUACUGGAGAACAAUGUCGAUGGGCAUUUUGAGAUCACGCUCUACACCAAUGCCCUGGUGGACCCAGAUGGACUGGUUUACUGGCUGCCCCCGGCUAUCUACCGCAGCGCCUGCGCCAUCAAAGUUAACUACUUCCCGUUUGACUGGCAGAACUGCAGCAUGGUCUUCAGGUCUCAGACUUACAGUGCCAAUGAGAUCGAGCUGAAGCUGACGGACGAGGAGAACAGUGUAGUGGAGUGGAUAGAGAUUGACCCAGAGGCCUUUACAGAGAAUGGUGAAUGGAUGAUAAAGCACCGACCGGCUAAGAAGAUGAUAAACGAGCAGUUUAGCCGAGACGAGCUGGACUAUCAGGAGAUCAUCUUCUUCCUAAUCAUCCAGAGGAAGCCACUCUUUUACGUCAUCAACAUCAUCGUGCCCUGUGUGCUCUUCUCCUCGCUCGGACUGCUCGUCUACUUCCUGCCUGCUAAAGCUGGAGGUCAGAAAUGUACCAUGUCCAUCAUCAUCCUGUUGGCGCAGACUGUCUUCCUCUUCCUCAUCGCCAAGAAAGUUCCAGAAACCUCUCAGGCCGUGCCCCUGAUUGGAAAGUAUCUGAUGUUUGUGAUGUCAGUGACUACGAUCACAGUGAUGAACUGUGUGGUGGUUUUAAAUGUGUCUCUGAGAACCCCCAAUACACACCCUAUGAAUGAUAAAGUCAGGAAGGUGCUGUUGAACAUUCUUCCUCGGCUGCUGAGGAUGAGGAUGCAGCGCUGGAGUCCUCAGGGUGGAGUUAACGGAUCUACACUUCCUCUGAGGAGACGCAGCUCUCUGGGGUUAAUCGUGAAGGCGGAUGAAUACGUGAUGAAGACGGCGCGCUCUGAGCUGAUGUUCAGCAAGCUGAAGGAGAGAGAUGGGCUGAUGAGGAGUGCUCUGGAGAAGAUUAAGACCACCCUAGAGGGAGACACAGUGCAGGAUCUGAGCUCCAGUCUGGCCAUGGCUUCACCAGAGGUGCAGCAGUGUGUAGAAUCCUGCAAACACAUUGCUGAAAGCACCAAACGACAGAACGACUUCCAGAGCGAGAAUGAGGAGUGGGUCCUGGUUGCCCGGGUGAUUGACAGGCUCUGCUUUAUCGCCAUGGCGAUGCUGUUUAUUCUGGGGACCGUUGGAAUCUUCCUGAUGGGCCAUUUUAACCAGGCGCCGUCUCUGCCCUUCCCUGGAGAUCCCAAAAAAUACCUGCCGGAUAUGCCCCCAGCGAACGCCACGGGCUGACCUUCAGCAGACCACAGAGAGACGUGAUCAGAGGAACAUCUGAGUUAGAUCUGAGCACAGCCAAUCAGACAGCAGCGGAGGAGUUAACUCCAUCACCAGGGCUGUUUCUGAACAGUCAGCUCACUCUUACCUGAGGGUCCAUUCAUUCCUCUCACAUACAGGAGAAACACACUGUAUAAACUUUAGACUGAAUGUAUAAACUUUACAGUAAUGCCAACUAACUGCACACAACAUGCUCGUGGGGCCCCCUGGUGGAUUGGAGGGCCAAGGGUGGCUUACUGUAUGGAGUGAGCAGAAAAUGAAACAGGACUGGACUGACACACCCUUUUGUUGUUUAUUCUUCUGAGAUUAUUUUACAGUAUCUACCAAGCAAAGGUUUGAACACACUACUUCUCAUUACUUGUGUUUUUUGAUUUCCUAUACAUCAAAGCAGAUUCUGCCUUUAGCAUAAACCCCCUGUGAGUUCAGGCUGUUCAUCUUGAGUGUGUGUGCCUAUCUAAUAGACACUGGGGCGGAGUUACAGUAACAAACAUCUGGGAGUUAAUAUAUUAACUCUUUCCAGUUAAAGUUAAAACUGAGCACCACCCUGGCAUCAUUUAUUUGCAUGUUCCCACAGCCCUCACUCACCAUCAGUGUGUAGUCUUCCCAACCACAGAUACCUUCCUUUGGAUUUUUUUUAGAGUUGCCAGUACUUAGUAGCAUCAUAUUUAGAAAAGGUUAUAUAUUUUUAUUUCCUAAUUGCUCAAUUUGCUUAAUUCAUGGGGAACUUAAUUGAAUUAAGUAAAUUGCAUGAGUUACUGCAUUGCAUUCCUUAGACAACCACACACUGUAGAAAAGAAAACUUGCUUUUACAGCCUAGAACGCUGUAGCUUGGCAUUAAAAAAAUCAUUGCAUAAAAUGAAACAUAGUCAAGGUAAGGUGGUCCUGGUUGGCGUGAGUACACACUGAUGGUGAGUGGUCUCAGCUGUACAGUUUAGAUAAUAUUUACUCACAAUAUGGGGUGCACUCUACCCAGACAGUGUAAGUGCAACAAAACAGUAAUGUGAAUUAACAGCAGGAGAGUUGAAUCACAAAUCUCAACAGCCUGCGAAAAAACUCUGAAAUACUACACCACCGAAACCCAUGAAUGGUAAUGUAUAUCUUUAUUUUAGUCCGUAUGAAGCAGUCAGUGUGUGUGCUUUUUAUAAUUUUAAUAAAAUGAUCUAUCUGUUUCAGA